GGUUACAAGUACGUCUGUGAAAGCCACUGUUUGAAUUAAAACUAAUUUUCCUCUUAAAUGUUUUCAAUACAGAAGUAAAGAGUCUCCAUCAUUCUCAUCUCUCCACGUAAGGGUAAUUCUGUCUUUAAAAUAAUUUAAAAAUAAUGGAAUGGGAUUUUAUUUGUUCUUUCCUCGAAUACAAUUUUCAAUUCAGUAGUGAGUCGACAUUAAGUGAACACGGUUCUAUUGAGUGAAGUCUGAAAACGCAGAAUAAACUUACUCACCUAAAAAACCCGUUUCCUGCAUUCCAGUUAAGAGCAUGAACCCACCGAAUGCAAUUAUUUGGGAUAAAGAAAAAAAAAGACUGCUAUGCGCCUUGUGGAAAGAAAAUGUUGCUGCUCUUCAAAAUCCAGAAACUUCCCACGAAACAUAUGUAAAAAUUGCAAAAACCCUGCAAAACCCUGGAUUCCAAGUGAAAUGGAAAGAUGUGCAGGAUAAAAUAGCUGAAAUGACUCACCAAUAUAAGCGCGAAAAGGCAAAUAACAACGGCUUUGAUUCGAAGUGGUACUCCUACUCAGACGUUGAUAGCAUUUGGGAUACUCUUGACCUUAUUAUUUUGUCUAACAAUGCAAUGGUGAUAACAUCUGAAGCUACUUCUUCACUGUUUUCAUCUGUGCCACACGUCGAAAACAAUUCCUUUGUGGACGAUUCUAUCUCAAAUGACUGCUGUAGCGACUGUGCAGAUUGUGGAGAUUGUGACUGUGGAGACGGUGACUGUGGAGCUUGCGAUGACUGCACCAUACUAUAGUUAACUGGGCCUUCCAUUUACACUCCUGCCAAAGCACUAAAGUCUUACAAACUUGGUUGUAUUAAAUUAUUUAAGAAUUAAAUUGCCACAUCAUAGAUCGCUUUCCAGAUAGAUUGAUGAAUUAACUAAUUCUCAAUUAACGAUAAUCAUCUACAUAGGUGUUGUAAAACAACAAGGUGAUUUCGACCCAAAAGUUAAUUUUCCGAAGCUCAACUCUGCAAUAGAUUAAAUUG